CUUCCAUAUUUUCAAUCUCCACAAAAUCUUCAUUCAUUCAUUCAUUCAUCCAUCGUUGCUCUUGCUCGGGUUAUUUACUGUUCUACCCUUCUGGUUAUGCUAGCUUCCGCUCCACGUCAACAACUCCGCCGAAGCUUUUCCUUAGCUCUCGGCUUUCCUCGCCGCCGUUAUGUUCGCUACCGCCGUCUAAGGUAGCAAAACUUUCCUCAAAUUCCAAUUUCACCCCUGCACAUAUACAUAAUCAUUCAACCGAUUAUAUUCAGCCCUUGUCAAUCCGAUUCGAUCAACGACAUUCCAUGCCGAGUCCUAAGAGGAAUCACCAGAGAAGGUUGAGCGAGAGAUCUUCAUCUUUUCACGGAAACAACGUUAUGACGACCACUGCUACAAUUCGCCGUCCAAAAACCGUUCCUGAUCUUCUAUCUUACCGGAACAACGUCCUUCCGGUGACGGAAGGUCUUCCUAGACAACCACCGAAGUUGCUUUUGAAAGUGACGGUUCUUGGAAGCCUUGGUCCUAUUCAGAUGCUGAUGAAACCGGAAUCAACUGUCGGCGAUCUAGUGGAAACCGCCGUGCGGCAGUAUAUCAAUGAAGCUCGCCGUCCAAUCCUGCCUUCAAGAUUUGGCUCGGAUUUUGAACUUCACUUUUCACAAUUUAGCCUAGAAAGUUUGAACAGGGAGGAGAAACUAGUGAAACUUGGAUCAAGAAACUUCUUUCUGUGUCCUAAAAAUACUGCACACGCAGGGGAGGGUAUUUCUGGAAAUAGAAAUGAUGGUAGCGUAACGACAACGUUUCCGGCUUCGUCGUGUGCUAAUGAGGUUGACAAAGCUCGAGAAUAUGUAGGUUGUGGUGGUGGUGGUGGGGGUGGUUUUGGUUGGUUCAAACUCAUGCAUUUCAUGCAAUAAUUGCUUAAUGGUUAGUUAAAAUGAAAAUAAUUUAUUGUUUUAGUUUGCUUUGAUCAAAUGAAUUGCCUGUUAGUUUGUAUAAAAAUAGGUUGGCAAGUAGUAGUAGGGACAGGGUUUGAGAUUUGGUAGCAUGAUAAGCAAAGCAAAAGUAAAAUUGUAAAAUUUACAUGUGUGGUUUUUAUUAACACAUAUGUACAUGAUAAUAAUCUUAAAUAUGUUUGAACUUGGUUCUGUUUU